GGCGGUUGGUUUUUUGGUCUUCCGAAGAUUAUUCUUCGAUUUCUAAUCGCUGCAUUCUUCUUCUCGCUUUUGUCCAAUCCAAACUCAAGCUCAAGCUAUUGAAACACUAAUUCCCAAGAAACUCAAGUUCAUCACAUUCAAUUUUCCUCUCUCUUUAUUAGGCUGCUCAUGGUCGGCGGCACCUGGUGCAGCUCAUACUGUACUGGUAGAGAGCUAGUGGCAGUCACCGAGACAGAGCAACUAUGAGUCUGAGAAAUCUACAGCUAUGGAAGAGCUUUGCCAAGGAAGCACUGGAUGUAUCAGUGUUGCUUGGCAAAUUCUUCUGCUGCCUUCACAUCACCAACACCUAUAUAUGCACUGUUGCUCUGACCUAUGGACCCAGCAUGCUCCCUACCCUGAAUCUCACAGGUGACCUGGUCCUUGCCGAAAGAAUCUCUCCCCGGAUUGGCAAGGUGGGGCAUGGUGAUAUUGUUCUCGUAGAGUCCCCUAUAAAACCUAAAAGGGUUGUCACCAAACGCGUGAUUGGCAUGGAAGGCGAUCGAAUCUCAUACAUUGUUGACCCUGCGAACAGUGAUGAAACCAAAACUGUUGUGGUUCCAAAGGGGCAUGUUUGGGUAGAAGGAGAUAAUAAAUAUGAUUCGACAGAUUCAAGAGUGUUUGGAGCGGUUCCUUAUGGCCUUCUUCAGGCAAAAGUAUUCUGUAGGGUGUGGCCACCAAAAGAUAUUGGACCAUUGGGAGAAAGAGCAAUAUAAAGGCAUGUUCUUUUUAAGCUACUACUACUACUAUUGUUAUUGAUGGAACAUUAUUGAGGUUGUCUUAGUCAGCAGUCAUAGAGUAGCUGAAAUCAAGUUUGGAAAUGAAUAAGGCACAGCACAGUAGGACUGCAUAGUAACUCUUGCUUUUGAAUCUUAUCGAAUGAAUGGCUUUCUGGCUGAUAUCUCUAUUCUGCCAAAAUAUGGAAUCAAGUCUUGUAUGCUGCUCCCUUGGCUUUAUGCAACAUGUGUUUAUGUAAAUAUUAUUGAAGUAGCAACACCCACUGUGGGCUUCCCGCUAUCCUGCUCCCUUGUCUUGGGUUAAAUUAGCAAGGAUUUUAUUAUUA